CUCCGCCAACCUCACCCAAGGUUAUAAAGCUCAUGUCCUCUUCCUGUUUGCUUUAGAAUUUAGCUGCUGGGACUGCAUUUCUCUUCCGCAGACAAGCACAGAGGAGCAAGAUGUCUUUCGGGAGUCCAAAUCUUGCCUGGUUGAUGCUGGUGGGGUUCCUGGCAUUAUUGGAUAGCAGAUGUCAAGCUCAGCGGGACUGCCGAGUGAGCAGCUUCACGGUUCAGGAAAACUUUGAUAAAUAUCGAUACGCUGGCAGUUGGUAUGCUAUAGCCAAAAAAGACCCUGAAGGAUUGUUUCUUCAGGAUAACGUGGUGGCCAGCUUUACUGUGGAUGAGAAUGAUAAAAUGACUGCCACUGCCAGAGGCCGAGUCGUGCUCUUCGGUAACUGGGACAUGUGUGCUGAUAUGAUUGGCACCUUCACCGAGACAGAGGACCCUGCCAAGUUUAAAAUGAAAUAUUGGGGUGUGGCCUCAUAUCUCCAGAAAGGAAAUGAUGAUCACUGGGUUGUGGCCACGGAUUACGAUACUUAUGCUCUACAUUACUCCUGCCGUAAUAUUACUGAGGAUGGGACUUGCGAUGAUAGCUACUCGUUUUUGUUUUCCCGGACUCCAGAUGGGCUAACCCCAGAAGCACAAAGAGUUGUCAGGCAAAAGCAGGUGGAAAUCUGCCUAGACAAGCAAUACAGGCGUAUUGUACACAAUGGAUUCUGCGACUAAAGACAACAUACUCUAUCGAAAGCAGGAAAGCAGAUUCUCAAUAGUUAAAAGCUUUUAAAAUGUACUGUUUCAAGAGAAGUCCUUCAUUUCAAUUCAAUUCAUUCGUGGGUUCAUUUGGAUUUUAAGUAUACUUAUGUGAAUUACAGUUAAGUAAUUUAUCAUUUAUCCUUCCACCAGUUAAUAAACUGAAAUCAGUGUAAUAGCACCACGAUUGUGUUGUGAACGUGUAUUUAUGCAUUUGGGAUAUGUAAUUAGCAUGUUGUCUUUGCAAUGUUUAAAAAUUAUAAAUCCAAAUUGUCAGAACUAA